AUGGAAGAGGUAAAAAGUGUGGGUUUCUGUGGUGGGAAGUGCUUCUGGUCCUGGUCCCAACAUUGGCUGAGGCAAGUAAUAAGUACUUUACUGGUCCCGAUCAAGGCUUGGUUCCAAGAAUGGGCAUACAUUGAUAUUGAUGAUGUAACCAAUUCCGUGAUGAGGGCAUGCAUUGAUAUUGAUGAUUGUAGCCCUUGUGUGUUAGAUGAAGCUAAGGCAACAACUCAGGAUGCUCUUGCCUUCAGGCCUGCCAAAGCUUAUGGAGCCCACGCCUUGCCUAGGUUGUUUUGUAUCGUUGGAAAUUGCUUCUUGGGCCUAGGCCCCCCUUGCCCGGGUUGGCGGGCUGCGGUGGAACUGCUCUUAGGCCUAGGCAAGGGAUCUUAG